GGUAAUACACCAUUACACCUCGCUGUGAUGUUGGGCAACAAAGAAUGUGCUCAUCUCCUUCUGGCACACAAUGCUCCGGUCAAGGUAAAGAAUGCCCAGGGCUGGAGCCCCCUGGCUGAGGCCAUCAGCUAUGGAGACAGACAGAUGAUUACAGCACUGUUGAGAAAGCUGAAGCAGCAGUCCAGGGAGAGUGUGGAGGAGAAGAGACCGCGCCUGUUAAACGCUCUGAAAGAGCUGGGAGACUUUUACCUAGAACUUCACUGGGAUUUUCAAAGUUGGGUGCCUUUACUGUCCCGUAUCCUGCCUUCCGAUGCAUGCAAGAUCUAUAAACAAGGUAUUAAUAUCAGGCUUGACACUACUCUCAUAGACUUCACCGACAUGAAGUGCCAACGAGGGGACCUCAGCUUCAUCUUCAAUGGCGAUGCUCCCCCCUCUGAAUCUUUUGUAGUUUUAGACAAUGAACAGAAAGUUUACCAGAGAAUACAUCAUGAGGAAUCGGAAAUGGAGACAGAAGAGGAGGUGGAUAUUUUAAUGAGUAGCGAUAUCUAUUCAGCAACUUUGUCUACAAAAUCCAUCACGUUUACACGUGCCCAAACCGGCUGGCUUUUCAGGGAGGAUAAAACGGAGCGUGUGGGAAACUUCUUAGCAGACUUCUAUUUAGUAAAUGGCUUAAUCUUAGAGUCCCGAAAGAGGAGAGAGCACCUCAGUGAGGAAGACAUUCUGCGAAAUAAAGCCAUCAUGGAGAGUCUGAGCAAAGGAGGGAGCCUGAUGGAGCAGAACUUUGAGCCUGUACGGAGACAGUCACUGCCCCCGCCUCCCCCGAACACCAUUACCUGGGAAGAGUACAUGUCUGCAGAGAGUGGAAAGGCUCCCCAUCUUGGAAGAGAACUUGUCUGCAAAGAGAACAAGAAAACCUUCAAAGCAACGAUUGCUGUGAGCCAGGACUUCCCUCUAGGAAUUGAAUCACUGCUGAAUGUUCUAGAAGUAAUUGCACCUUUCAAGCACUUUAACAAACUUCGAGAAUUUGUACAGAUGAAGCUUCCUGCAGGUUUCCCUGUAAAACUAGAUAUCCCUGUAUUCCCAACCAUCACAGCCACUGUAACGUUUCAAGAGUUCCGCUAUGGAGAAUUUGAGGAGUCCAUCUUUACGAUACCGGAUGACUACAAAGAAGAUCCAAGCCGUUUCCCCGACUUAUAA